GCAAUCAUUAUUUAAACGUAAAUUGAAUGCAGUAAAGACAUUUCCCAGAAAAGUGCAUUCUGCAUUUUGAGGAUAAAUAACAGUUGUCUAACCUUAUUUUCCUUUUACUGUAUUAAUUUGUAAUAGCAGGACUAUUUCUCGUUGAUAUAAUUUCAGUGGUUACUUUGAAAAUGUGCAAAAGAACUGCAAAAAACGUUUUUGUGUCAGAAAUAUUGUGAAAUCACUAAUUGCAACUUUGGCAUUUUGACAGCUGCAUAGUUCUACUUUUCGAGAAAAAAACGCUUUUAUAGCUUUAUCAGUGCAUAUUUACGUCUUCAAUACUGCAACGAAGUUAUAUCAACUUGUUUACGCAUUCUUUGGUUCUUGUUUUUGUACAUUUGGACAUGUCACGGCGGAGUUUCCAGUAUUGGGGCUUCAAGAACUAUCUGAGAAUAUGUCAUGGACAGCCAGACAUUCUAGUUGUCUAAGUUGCACGGCACAGCGGUUCCUCUGCAACCGAUGGUGCAAAUGAUGUCGGCAGUAAGUGGCGAGCCGAUGCUACGUCGUGUGAAGCAAGAGACCGACCCGCCGCCGCAGUACUCCACCGAGCCGCCGGCGCCGCACGCGCAGCCGCUCCACCCGCGCCCGAUGCCCAUGAUGCAGCCGCCAGAGGUGAGCACCAAACGGACAGCCGAGGUGAAACAGGAGCGCGCGUGCCUCCAGCCGCUGCAGGCGAGGCAGAUAUACGCCAUGCUGCCGCCGAAGGUACCGUUGUCUCCCCAACAGCUGGAGUUGGAGACGAAGGACGUGAAGUUCUGCGUGUCUCCCGAAGACGGUUCUAUAGUGGGCAACACCAGCCCUGAGCAGCAGCACUGCUCGUCGACCACAGCCGCCGCCGCCAGCGGGGCCAGGGAUGAUGACGCGCCUCGCAGACUCUGUCUCGUCUGUGGUGAUGUCGCCUCAGGAUUCCAUUACGGUGUGGCCAGCUGUGAAGCUUGCAAGGCGUUCUUCAAGAGGACCAUACAGAUGCUUGCGCAGGGCAACAUAGAGUACACGUGUCCCGCGUCAAACGAAUGCGAGAUCAACAAGCGGAGGCGGAAGGCGUGCCAGGCGUGCCGUUUCCGCAAGUGCCUGCGCACGGGCAUGCUGCGCGAGGGCGUGCGGCUGGACCGCGUGCGCGGCGGCCGGCAGAAGUACCGCCGCGCGCCCGACCAGGCGCUGCACCAGCCGCGCCCGCAGCUCGACGACAUCAAGGUGCUGGAAGCGUUGUCUUCAUACGAGCCGGACCUGUACACGUGCUCGCCGCCGCCCAGCGGCGUGACGGACCCCACGGCCAAGACCCUUACGAUGCUCGCGGACUUAUACGACAAGGAGCUGGUCGGAGUGAUCGGCUGGGCCAAGCAGAUACCUGGAUUCACGGAUCUUCAGUUGAAUGAUCAGAUGCGGCUGUUACAAAGCACAUGGGCGGAGAUGCUGAGCCUGAUGCUGGCGUACAGAUCCAUGUCGGGCGGCGGCGGCGGCGCGCUGCGGCUGCGGUUCGCGACCGACCUCUCGCUCGACGAGCAGCAGGCCAAGGACAUCGGCGCCCACGACCUGUACCUGCAGGUGUGCGGCGUGGCGCGGCGGCUGGAGCGCGCGGCGGCGCUGCGCGAGGAGUGCUACCUGCUGAAGGCGCUGGCGCUCGCCAACUCCGAGGCGCGCCUCGACGAGCACGCCGCGCUGCGCCGCUUCCGCGACCACAUCCUCGCCGCGCUCAACGACGCCGUCUCCGCGCUCAGGCCGUACAACGCGAACGCGGCGCUGCAGCAGCUGCUGCUGGUGCUGCCGGCGCUGCGGCUGGCGGACGUGGCGGUGCGGCGCUUCUGGUCGGGCGUGCACCGCGACCGGCGCGCGCCCAUGAACAAGCUGUUCGUGGAGAUGCUGGAGGCGAGCCUGCGGUAGACCGGCGGCGGACGCCACCCUUGGCUGUGAUGUGACGGGCAGACGCACGCGACAUGUACAAAUGGACGGAUCUAGUACAAAACUUGUUACUAUUUUUGUAUUAUAUUAAAAAAAAUUAUAUUCUAGUUUUACUGUGCUGUGUUGUUGUCGGCGCGUGCGGCGGCGCGGCGUUGUCGUCGAUGAUCGAUGCCGUCGGGUCGGAUUUGUCAAACACGAGCUUGGCUGUAUCUCCUGAAAUAUAGUCAAAUACUUUACCUAGAAACUAUACGAGGUAGAUUAUGAGUUGAACUUUUAUUACUCAAGUUAAUAAACAACGAAGUGAAUUAUUCAACAUCACAAUUUUAAUCACAGAAUUCGACAAAUCCAACCAGACGAGAGACGAGCGGUGAGCAUAUCUUAACUUUUUCAAAGCAAAUAGUACAAAAUUUUUGACUCCUAGUAAAUGUUAACGCAUACGUAGCCGCGACCGUGGCGCGCGUCGGCUCGACGUGCGAGCCGUAUUCGGCGCAUUUAUCUUUUUAAAAAAUGUGCUGUUUUUUGUUUGACACGCCACUGUUUUGUGUUGUGUAUAGGAACGUGAUGCACUGUCGUUUUUGUUGACUAUGUUGUUGGUAAAGAACAAACUGAGGUUUAGGAUUUAGGCGUAAAGAGUUAACUCUUGAUAUUAUAUGAGCUCCGUGGCGCAGCGGGACUGGCGGUACAUGUAAGCGGAGUUGCGGUUAUUAAGAAAAUUUCGUGAGGUUUCUGAGUAUGUAGUGCACGGUGCAUACCACAAGACCAUACUUGUUUGUGUUAUUAUUAUUUAUAAAUAUCGAUAAACAUUGUGUCCGAUAUCUCAGUUUAUUUUUUAUCGAUACAUGUAUAUUGAUUGCUCAUAAAAUUAUUUUGAGUCGAUAGUGACGCAGCAAAAUUAACUAUUGUAAAAUAAUUUGUUAUGAACGGAUUUAUUGAGAGUUUUGAAUCUAUUGAAUCUUUGUCGACAGUUGUGAUGUAUGAAAUUUUAUUGUUUGGUAUAAAUUACGUUUUAUGUUUGUAAAAUUAUUUAUGUUUGAAUCAAAGAUUUCUGUCAUAUCGAUGUAAAUUUAAAUCGAUAUAAUGACAUUUAUAAUCGAUACUAUUGAGGAAUUGUGAUUUGUAAACGUACAUGGUGUAUGUCUAAAUAUAUUAUUUAUCAUCGAAAAUUAUUGUACAAAAUCAUAUCGUUGUAAAUAUUGCAGAUUGCGCUUUUCAAAAAAAUUGUGAAAUUUUAGGAAUUGCUCCUUAGACGGUCAGAGUUAUCUCAUUUCGGGAACUAAAUGUAGAUAGAAGGCAGUGCUCGGUUUCGUUGUUUACAUAUUAUAGUUCUAACAGCACCGUAUUGUCUGCAGAUGAUUUAUUUUAAAGUACAUAGCAAUACUAUAGAUAUAUUUUAUAUGCCUGUUCCACUAAUGUACAUUGUACCAGACUCUGGGUUUAAUGUAGUGAGAUUGAUGUCUAAGUAAUAUGCAUGUGUGUUUCCUAUGUUCUUUGAGAAUCAACACUAUAUUGUCUAGACUGGUAUUGUAUCUCAGUAUAGCUUGUUUCAUUUUAUAUAUAAAUAUAUAUACUAGUAUAACACGCUGCGUUUCUCUGUUGUAUUGUUAAGUAAAUUAAAUGCUUAUAUUACUGUACAUAACAAUUAUUAUAUGCAGUGGCGCCCUUAAACAAUGCGAGGCCCCGGGCGAAAGCAACAAAAGUUCCCCAGUUUUAACAGUUCGUCGAUAAGAUUGUAAAAAAAGAUCCUCCAAGAUACGGCGUGAGGUUCCUUUGGUUGCCCGGUUCGCCUCCUCCUAAGGCCGGCUCUGCCUAUAAGAAGUCUGAUGUAAAUGUAAUGCAUUGGAGAUACAUUUUAUAAAGGAUAGCACAAAAUGUUGCAUUGUCAUUCAGCUCGGCUAAGACGUCAAACGACGUCACAGCGCGGUUGAUUCUCAGAGAAUAUCAUGUAAUAAAGUAUCCUUAUGUACAAAAUAUAUUUAUGUAAUGAUAAAGUAGUGGAACAGUGUUGGAACAUCCGAAUACCUCAGUAACCUGUUACCAAUCAUAUAUCAUAAUACUAACGAAAUAUACUUAUUUAUGUAUAUAAUGCUAAGAUCAUUUGAGCAGUUUUUUUCUACUAUUUUAUACUUGUGACGGCGUGAUGUGUUCGCUUCGGCCGCCGAGCUGCGAGCCGCGUUUGUUUACAUCGUUCCGUGCAUUUCUACGACUGAUGUUUUCGGCCACUUUUACGUCGCUGUGAGAACAAAAUUGUGAAUAUUUUUUGACAAUAAUACGUAAGCGGCCAUAACAAGCCGCUGACGUCACGAACCUAUCGGCUACGAACAAGCUAUGAAGGUUGUAAAAUGAAUUUUAAUGUGGUUCUCAUGCCAACGUUAUUAAACUAUGUAUAUUUUAUAGUGUUUAGUUCGGUGUGAUGGAUACAAAAUGUCAAUCGACUAUAGUCGAUUUAGUUGUAGUGCUAGCUCUUGGCGUGACGACCACAUAAUAUAAAUAAACAAAUUCCAAAACUGAUGUGUAUAACGACUUAUGUUGUAGUUAUUCUUAUGUUAAGAAUAUUUACUUUUAUUUAAUAGUUGUAAUGUUUUCACGUAACGCGGUGGUGUCAGGGUGUGAGUGAUGUGCCAGAAACAUAUGUAGUUAUUAAGUUUAUAAAAUAUAAAUCUGUUAUUGAUCUGCGAUUACUUUAGUUGUGAGUUGGAGUUAUGUGUGUAAGGUUGCGGCACGAGCGGGAUGUUGUGCUGUAGAGUGGAUCUUACCCGUAGUACUGUUGUGUAUGGACAGCUCGCUGGAGCGCUCACCGUCGCUGUAGUGUAGGCAUCCAUAGAUAAUACCACGGGCUUUAUAAUCUCCGGUGUUGCCAACAACGCGGGAUUUUAUAAAUUAGAACAUUAAAUUCACAGUAUUUCGUGUAUCACAUUGGGAACGCCUAAGUAUAGCUUUUUAUUUUAUAAGAUUAUCGGCAGCUCCCAUUCCCGAACGCAACCCUACGGUUUUGUUGACUGAUUAAUAAAAAAAACACAAAAGUAGUUGUUAAAGUGUGUGGAGUACAUUGGCGUAUAUAAUUUAAUUGAGAUCGUAAUGUAAUCUCAGAUCAAAUGUUUUUAGAACACUAGGUGAGUCCAACCGUACCACGUGUCUUAGUUUUGUAUUUAAUGAGAAUUCGUACCUUAUUUUUUCUUUACAUAAUGUUGUUAAUGUGACCGGUACCGGAAUAAUGUCAAAUAAAAGUAUAAAAAAUUA